GGAACUGCCUCCACAGGCUCAAUUGGUCCAAGUCAUGACAGCAGAAACUGAUCUCCUUUUCUUUGUGGCUUUGUAUGUAUGAGCUUUACAUGGGAAAACAAUGUUGGUUUGUGCUUUGCUACUUUCUGAGUCUAGCUUCCCAAUACAAAAAGACCAGAAGAUCUUCCAAAAAUCAUAAUUUAAUCAGCGAAUUUUGUUAGCAUCUGAUUAAGGCUAGCCAUGAGACUGACAGGCACUAGGCUCUCAAGAGUCUCAGAUGUUAAGGUUAGCAUAAAAUCUGUGCUAGAUUGCUGUGGGCGCUAGGCUAAUCAUACCAGUUAGUUAAAGUUGUCUUUUUACAAGAUGCUCUGAUACACCCAAUCAUUAUUUUUUUUUCUUCUUUUUUAUCAAAAAUAAAUAAAUAUUUCCUUCUCCAAAAUAACAAAAGGAGAAAAGGCAAAUCUUUCCUUCUAUUUUUUUGACACAACUUCUUUUUACAAGAUGCACACUGAUAUAUGAAAACAGUUUAUUCUCACAAAAUGCAAAUGACAAGUUUCUCCUUUUCUUUUUUGACACACAACCUUUUUUUGUGUCAGGUUAAAGGCAGCUUUUUAUCAGCAUGGAGGAGAGUCAGCACUUUUCUCAGCCAUAGGCCAAAGCCAGUGCCUUCUCUUUUCUUUGCUUCUUAAUUUGCUUUUGCUUAGGGCAUGUACUGUGAUUGGGACAAUACCCUACCGUUCCCCAUCUAACUGUCCUUGCAAGCAGCUAAAGCCUAGUAGGAUAUGGCUGCAGAUGUGGCUUAGAUUGUGAUCUGCGUGCAAAUCAGUUGAUAAAGAUUCAUUUUGCUUUGCACUCUCAUGAAUCACCAUCCUAUUUCCUGAACAAUGUUAAUUUGCUAGUGGUAUGUGAUCCAGUAAGUUACCUGAACAUGAAUGCUAUUCUCCAGGUGGGCAUAAUCCAGCAUCUUGUCUGAAUCCAAUACCUCGGAGGUAACAUCGUUACCGCUGAAAGCGACGAGUGGGCGGGUGCUCGCUGCACAAUGUGCGCGAGCAAAACCUCGGGGAAUUUUAUGUCACCGCACUGGUCUGGAUCUACUACCGGUUGUCGGCGACGAAGAUUUUUCUUAUUGCUGCGUCUAGGAGCUAGCCUGGCAUUGCUGGCCGUUUCCUGAUCAAGAAGUAAUGUGCAGUUGCAGCAAAGUGUAGUUCCGUCAUGUGCGCCAAUGCCGCAUCAUACCGACAACCCGCUUUCGCCGUUCCUCUUCGCAACUGGGAGCUGCUAGUCUCUCGGCCUCGCCAAUUCCCAUUAUCAAGGGAGAUGGAUGAGACAGGGAGCUUUCAUACUAGGUGAUCACCCCACUAACAACUCACCGUCCUGCUUUCCUCUGGAUUGGAUCGGACGGGACAGCACCGCCUUUUCUGCACAACUGAAUAGCUCUGCACCCUUACCAUGAUGAGAAUAGGGUCAAGUUUGUAGCCCAAACAAGAGCCUGCCAAACCCACCAAAGUGUGCAAACAGUGGAGUCUUUUCCACUGUCACUGCCAACUCAGCAACGGAGGAGAUGCUUCCACCAAAAUCAAAAUAUCUUUGCGAUUCGUGCCAGUAGCUUCUCAUGGCACUGAAGGAAAAAGAACAUGUCGAGAUGGACCGUUUCAUGCCAAUAAGUAAUCACAUUAUGUGUUAUCACUAGCGCCUUUUCUUUGGGGGGUAAAAGGGUCAUUUCUGCGUAUCCUCCGUGACAUCUCUUUAGUUUUCAGAGGGAUCUCCGUCUGGUAAAAUAUGCCUAUAAGUAGUCCAUGACAAGGGCAUCAUCAUGGCAAUACAAGUGAAGGUGUGUCAAAGAUUCAUUCGGCAGCGCAAUGUGGGGGAUGGCGCGCAUCGAUGAGUGGAAACCGGUGAUCGCAAUGCUGAUCUUCGACCUCAUCUCUGCCGUGACAACGGCCCUGAUCAAGGCGGCGCUCGAGGAAGGGCUCGACCGUCUGGUGCUCAUCACGCUGCGUCAACUGGUGGCCACAGUCUUCCUUUCUCCAAUCGCAUUUUUCAAAGAACGGAACACACGGCCUAAGCUCACACUGGAGAUCCUCGUGUACCUCUUCUUCAGCGCAGCGUUAGGCGCCGCGCUCUCUCAGUAUACCUUCUUCUACGGGCUGCAGUACACAACAGCAACGUUUGCCAUAACUUUCACCAACCUGGCUCCUGUGCUGACUUUCCUCAUCGCGGUCUUGCUCAGGGUGGAGUCACUGAACAUGAAGAACAAGGCAGGAGCUGCGAAGAUCAUCGGGACACUCAUGUCGUUCGCCGGCGUCAUGCUCCUGACCCUCUACAAGGGUGUGGCCUUGACACACCAAGCAGAGCCUUCAGGCCAGCAUGCAGAAGCAGCAGCUGCAGCAGAAUCUGGCAAGAAGAGCUGGACCCUGGGCACUCUAGCAUUACUGGCGAACUGCCUGUGCUUCUCCUUUUGGCUCUUGCUGCAGUCCAAGCUCACCAAGAAGUACCCAGCACUCUACUCCAGCACCGCAUACAUGUUCCUCAUCAGCUCCCUGCAGGGCGGGGGCCUGACGGCGGCGAUACAGCGGCGGGCAUCGGUCUGGGUCCUCACAAAGCCAGUGGAGAUUGUUACAGUACUAUACACAGGAAUUUUGGGGUCUGGAGUGGGAUAUGUACUGAUGACAUGGUGUGUGGAGAAGAGAGGGCCAGUGUUCACUUCAGCCUUCAUCCCCAUCAUCCAGAUCAUGGUGGCCAUAAUUGAUUUCUUCUUUCUGCAUGAGAACAUCUACCUAGGAAGUGUACUGGGAUCCAUACUGAUGAUAAUGGGCCUCUAUAUUCUGCUGUGGGGAAAGAGCAGGGAUGCCUCGGCGACAGUACCACCUGCCAAAGAGGAAGAGGAUAAGGAGAAGCAAAUCAAAUCAUGAGGACCAAAGCUAUGCAAUUCUUAGGUUGAAAAACUAUGGCAUAUAUUCCUCCUUAGUUUCCUACGCCUACGUAGUUUAACCAAGAGGAAUAGUAUACAGUACUGUCGUAUGCGUUUUCGCUCGCACAACGAGAUGAUAUGUCGGGCAAAUUUCUGCAGUGAUGUGCCUAAAUGUAGCCCAAAUUCUUCAGGUGAAAAAGAGCGGCGGGCAUAGGUUGCCCACAUCUCAGUACGUUAGAAGGUCACAUCUGUCACACUGAGCAUGAAAAGAAAUAAAAGAAAAGAAAAGAAAAUAUUCUCCGCACGAUUUUUGUACGACCACCCCACGGUCCUGUGGGGGCCGCUAUAUCGAAUCAAUGCUUUGCGAUUUGAUUUGGACUUAAAGAAACAGUUUGCUCAUCAAAGAAGAGACAGUGGGCAUUGGAUCUUCGAACUUUCUCAUGGGAAGGCAUUCCCCUAAAUUGUUCCUUGUAGGUCCUAAAACGGGCUCAUGCCAAAAUUUUCAGUGCUAAAACAGCAUCCAAUGCCCUACAGUGUAGAAGGCCAUGCAGGAAGGAUCACAAGCUAUAUUUUGCUUGCCG